AUGGGUACCAAACUCCUACUUACACCUCCCAAAUGUUUAUACACCAAGUACAUUUACUUCGUACACCAAGUAACAAUCAUUUACUUCGUAUCAAUCUCUCAUAACAAUGCCCAAUUCAUAACUUCAUGCAAACAAACUCCAUACCCUAGCGUCUGCGCCCACCACUUGUUCGAUUCACCUCUCAAAACUUUAGACGACCAAACCGAUGGUCUCACUUUCCACGACCUUGUGGUUAGCUCCACCAUGGACCAAGCCGUUCACCUCCACCGCCUCGUGUCUACCGUGAAACGACGUCGUUCUCUCCACAAACGCGCCACGUUAGCUUUGUUCGACUGCUUGGAGCUCUACGAAGACACCAUAGACCAACUCAACCACUCUCGGAGAUCCUACGGUCAAGAUUAUUCGGCGCAUGAUAGACUAACUUCUUUAAGCGCUGCCAUAGCGAAUCAAGACACUUGCAGAAACGGAUUUAAAGAUUUUAAUUUAACCUCUUCGUAUUCAAAAUAUUUCCCUAUACACAUUCACCGGAAUCUCACUAAGUCAGUAAGCAACUCCUUGGCGGUUGCUAAGGCUGCGGCUCAGGCUGAGACGGUUGUCGAGAAACAUGCAGCGACGGCGUUCACUAAAUUCAGCAAACAAGGAGGUGGUGGUAGUCGGAGAUUGAUGUUUUCCGACGAGAAGUUUCCUUCGUGGCUCCCUCUUCGCGACCGGAAGCUUUUGGAAGAUUCGAAAACUACGUCUAAAGCCGAUCUUGUGGUGGCUAAGGACGGUUCGGGUCAUUACACAAGUAUUCAAGAGGCCGUAAACGCAGCAGCCAAACUUCCUCGGAGAAACAAGAGACUUGUGAUAUACGUUAAAGCAGGCGUUUACAAAGAAAACGUGGAGAUCAAGAAAUCGAUCAAGAACGUGAUGGUUAUCGGAGACGGCAUCGACUCUACCAUUGUCACCGGAAAUAGGAACGUUAAAGAUGGCAGCACGACGUUUAGGUCUGCAACUUUUGCUGUUUCCGGCGACGGUUUUAUCGCACAAAGCAUAACAUUCGAGAACACGGCGGGACCGGAAAAACACCAAGCGGUGGCCCUCCGAUCAGGCUCAGACUUCUCCGUAUUCUACGGUUGUUCUUUCAAAGGCUAUCAAGACACUCUCUACCUUCACUCUCGUCGUCAGUUCUUGAGAAACUGCAACAUCUACGGCACGGUCGAUAUGGUCUUCGGAGACGCAACCGCAAUCCUCCAAAACUGUAACAUCUACGCUCGUAAACCAAUGAGCGGCCAGAAAAACACCGUCACGGCCCAAUCUCGGAAGGAUCCUAACGAAAGCACCGGCUUCGUCAUCCAGAGCUCCACAGUUGCUACGGCGGCCGAGACUUACUUAGGACGGCCGUGGAAACAGUACUCGAGGACAGUUUUCAUAAAGUGUAAUAUCGGAGGGCUAGUGGGUCCGGCGGGAUGGUUGCCUUGGAGCGGAGGUUUUGCUCUUAAAACUCUUUAUUACGGCGAGUAUGGUAAUACUGGCGCCGGAGCAAGCGUCUCCGGUAGAGUUAAGUGGCCGGGCUAUCAUGUUAUAAAGACGGCGACGGAGGCCGGGAAAUUCACGGUGGAGAAUUUCUUGGACGGAAACUAUUGGAUUACGGCGGCGGGAGUACCGGUCAAUGCUGGACUUUGA